AUGUAUGAUGAUGACUCGGAUGAUGAUGUUGAAUUUGGUGAUGAUGAUGAUGAUGAUGAUGAUGAUGAUGACUGGGUUGAUGAUGAUUCGGAUGAUUCGGAUGAUGAUGAUGAUGAUGAUGAUGAUGAUGACGACUCGGAUGAUUAUGAUGAUGAUGAUGCUGACUGGCAUGAUCUCUCGGAUGAUGAUGAUGAUGAUGACUGGGUUGACGAUGACUCGGAUGAUGAUGAUGAUAAUGGUGAUGAUGACUCGGGUGAUAAUGGUAAUGAUGAUGAUGACUCGGAUGAUGACGAUGAUGACUCGGAUGAUGAUGACUCGGAUGAUGAUGACUCGGAUGAUGAUGACUCGGAUGAUGAUGAUGAUGAUGAUGAUUAUUAUUAUGUUGAUGAUGACGCGGAUGAUGAUGAUAACUCGGAUGAUCAUGAUGAUGACUCGGAUGAUGAUGAUGACUCGGAUGAUGAUGAUGAUGACUCGGAUGAUGAUGAUGAUGUCUCGAAUGAUGACUCGGAUGAUGAUGAUGAUGAUGACGCUGAUGAUGACUUGGAUGACGAAGAUGAUGAUGAUGAUGACGAUGAUGAUGAUGAUGACUCGGAUGAGGAUGAAGAUGAUGACUCGGAUGAUGAUGGUGAUGAUGAUGAUGAGUCUGAUGAUGAUCAUUAUGAUGAUGAUGAUGAUGAUGAUGACUCGGACGAUGACUCGGAUGACUCGGAUGAUGAUGAUGACUCGGAUGAGGAUGGUGAUGACGAUGAUGACUCGGAUGAUGAUGACUCGGAUGAUGAUGACUCGGAUGAUGAUGACUCGGAUGAUGAUGAUGAUGAUGAUGAUUAUUAUGUUGAUGAUGACGCGGAUGAUGAUGAUAACUCGGAUGAUGAUGAUGAUGACUCGGAUGAUGAUGAUGCUGACUCGGAUGAUCUCUCGGAUGAUAAUGAUGAUGAUGACUCGGUUGAUGAGUAUGAUGAUGAAGAUGAUGACUCGGAUGAUGAUGAUGAUGAUGAGGACGAUGAAGAUGAUGAUGAAGAUGAUGAUGACUCGGAUGAUGUUGACUCGGAUGAUGACUCGAAUGAUGACUCGAAUGAUGUUGAUGAUGAUGGAGACGAUGAUGAUGAUGAUGAUGAUGAUGAUGAUGAUGAUGAUUCGGAUGAUGAUGAUGAUGAUUUGAUGAUGAUGAUGAUGAUGAUGAUGAUGAUGAUGACUCGGAUGAUGAUGAUGAUGAUGACGAUGAUGAUGAUGAUGAUGAUGAUGAUGAUGAUGAAUCGGAUGAUGAUGAUGAUGAUGAUUAUGACGAUGAUGAAGAUGAUGAUGAUGAUGACUCGGACGAUGAUGAUUCGGAUGGUUCGAAUGAUGAUGAUGAUGAUGAUGAUGACUCGGAUGAUGAUGGAUGAUGACUGGUAUGACGAUGGUGAUGAUGAUUACUGGGUUGGUGCUGAAGAUGAUGAUUCGGAUGAUUCGGAGGACGAUGAUGAUGAUGAUGCUGACUCGAAUGAUGAUGAUGAUGAUGAUGAAUCGGAUGACAAUGAUGACGUUGAUGAUGACGAUGCUGAAUGUGUUGAUCAUAAUGAUGAUGAUGACGAUGAUGAUGCCUCAGAUGAUGAUGACUCGGAUGAUGAUGUUGAAUGUGGUGACGAUGAUGAUGAUGAUGAUGAUGAUGAUGAUGAAUCGGACGAUGAUGAUUCGAAUGAUUCGGAUGAUGAUGAUGAUGAUGAUGAUGAUGACGACUCGGAUGAUUAUGAUGAUGAUGAUGCUGACUGGCAUGAUCUCUCGGAUGAUGAUGAUGAUGAUGACUGGGUUGAUGAUGACUCGGAUGAUGAUGAUGAUGAUGAUUGUGAUGUUGAUGAUGAGUCGGAUGAUGAUGAACAUGACUCGGAUGAUGAUGGUGAUGAUGAUGAUGACUCGGAUGAUGAUGAUGAUGAUGAUGAUGAUGAUGAUGAUUACGAUGUUGAUGACUCGGAUGACUCGGAUGAUGAUGAUGAUGAUGAUGAUGAUGCUGAUGAUGAUGAUGAUGAUGACUGGGUUGAUGAUGAUGAUGACGUGGAUGAUGAUGACGAUGAUGAUGACUCGGAUGAUGAUGAUGAUGAAUCGUAUGAUGAUGAUGGUGAUGAAGAUGACGAUGAUGAUGAUGAUGAAGUUGAUGAUGACUUGGAUGAUGUUGACUCGGAUGAUGACUCGGAUGAUGAUUAUGAUGAUGAUUAUGAUGAUGAUGAUGAUGAUGAUGAUGAUGACUGGGUUGAUGAUGAUUCGGAUGAUUCGGAUGACGAUGAUGAUGAUGAUCAUGAUAAUGCUGACUCGGAUGAUGAUGAUGAUGAAUCGGAUAAUGAUGAUGAUGAUGAUGAUGACGAUGCUGAAUGGCUUGAUGAUGAUCAUGAUGAUGUUGAUGAUUUUGAGGAUGAGUGGGUGGAUGACUCGAGUGAUGACUCGGAUGAUGCUGAUGAUGAUGAUGAUGACUCGGAUGAUGAUGAUGAUGACUGGGUUGACGAUGACUCGGAUGAUGAUGAUGAUGAUGAUGAUGAUGAUGAUGAUGAUGAUGAUGAUGAUUCGGAUGAUCAAACGGAUGAUGAUGAUGAUGACUCGGAUGAUGACUCGGAUGAUCAUGAUGAUGACUCCGAUGAUGAUGACUGGGUUGAUGAUGAUGAAGAUGAUGAAGUUGAAGAUGACUCGGAUGAUGAUGGUGAUGAUGAUGUUGAUGAUGACUCGGAUCAUGAUGAUGACUCGGAUGAUGAUGAUGGUGAUGAUGACGAUGAGUCGGAUGAUGAUGAUGAUGACUCGGAGGAUGAUGCUGAUGACGAUGAUGACUCGGAUGAUAACUCGGAUGAUGAUGAUGAUGAUGCUGAUGAUGAUGAUGAUGAUGAUGCAGAUGAUGAUGAUGAUGACUGGGUUGAUGAUGAUCAUGACUGGGAUGAUGAUGGUGAUGAUGAUGAUGAUGAUGAUGAUGACUCGGAUCAUGAUGACGGUGACGACGACGAUGACUCGUAUGAUGAUGAUGAUGAUGAUGAUGAUGACUCGGAUGAUGAUGACGAUUACUCGGAUGAUGAUGUUGAGGAUGAUGAUGAUGGCUGGGGUGAUAAUGAUGAGGAUGAUGUUGAUGACGAUAAAAAUGACGAUGACACGGAUGAUGACGGUGACGACUCGGAUGAUGAUGAUGCUGAAGAUGAUGAUGAUGAAGAUGAUGAUGAUGAUUAUGAGGAUGACUGGGUUGAAGACUCCGAUGAUGACUCGGAUGAUGAUGAUGAUGAUGAAUACCAUGAUGAUGAUGAUGAAUCGGACGAUGAUGAUGUUGAUGUUAAUGAUGAAUGGGUUGAUGAUGAUGAUGGUGAAGAUGAUGAUGAUGAUUAUGAGGAUGACUGGGUUGAUGGUGCCGAUGAUGACUCGGAUGAUGAUGAUGAUGAUGAUGAUGAUGAUGAUGAUGAUGAUGACUCGGAUGAUGGUGAUGAUGAUGAUGAUGAGUCGGAUGAAGGUGAUGAUGACUCGGAUGAUGAUGAUGAUGAUGAUGAUGAUGAUUAG